AAAACAAUGUUUGCAGAUUUGGACUAUGAUAUUGAGGAAGAUAAGAUGGGGAUCCCCACUGUACCUGGGACAGUGACCCUGAAGAAGGAUUCUCAGAACCUGAUUGGGAUCAGCAUUGGGGGAGGAGCACAGUACUGCCCCUGUCUCUACAUUGUCCAGGUGUUUGAUAACACUCCAGCAGCCCUGGAUGGCACUAUAGCAGCUGGUGAUGAAAUCACAGGAGUGAACGGGAAGUCUGUCAAAGGAAAGACCAAGAUGGAGGUGGCCAAGAUGAUACAGAUGGUAAAGGGAGAAGUGACCAUACACUACAACAAGCUUCAGGCUGACCCAAAGCAGGGCAAGUCAUUGGAUAUCGUAUUGAAGAAGGUAAAGCAUCGACUGGUAGAGAACAUGAGCUCAGGGACUGCAGAUGCCCUGGGGUUAAGCCGAGCCAUACUUUGCAAUGAUGGACUGGUGAAGAGAUUGGAGGAGUUGGAGAGGACAGCAGAGUUAUACAAAGGCUUGACAGAGCACACCAAGAAUCUUCUCAGAGCUUUCUUUGAGCUGUCCCAGACACACAGAGCAUUUGGAGAUGUUUUCUCCGUCAUCGGCGUACGGGAGCCGCAGCCAGCUGCCAGCGAAGCCUUUGUGAAAUUUGCCGAUGCCCAUCGCAGCAUUGAGAAGUUUGGGAUUCACCUUCUGAAAACCAUUAAGCCGAUGCUUACUGACUUGAACACAUAUCUGAAUAAAGCCAUUCCUGACACAAGGCUGACUAUCAAAAAAUACCUGGAUGUCAAGUUUGAAUAUUUGUCCUACUGCCUGAAAGUCAAAGAGAUGGAUGAUGAAGAGUACAGCUGCAUUGCUCUGGGUGAACCCCUCUACAGGGUCAGCACAGGGAACUACGAGUACCGCCUGAUCCUGCGGUGCCGGCAGGAGGCCCGCACGCGCUUCGCCAAGAUGAGGAAGGACGUGCUAGAGAAAAUAGAGCUCCUAGACCAGAAACAUGUGCAAGACAUCGUGUUCCAGCUCCAGCGUUUUGUCUCCACGAUGUCCAAGUACUACGACGACUGCUACGCUGUGCUCCGAGAUGCAGAUGUCUUUCCCAUUGAGGUGGACCUUGCCCGCACUACUCUCAGCUAUGGGCAGAAGGACACAUACACAGAUGGAGCAGAAGAAGAAGAAGGAGGAGGGAUUGAGAGAGAGCAUAGUGGGAAAGAGGACACAGAUGGUGAAAAGCUCAUUGAUGAUGCCUGAGUGUGCCAGCAUGGCCAGAGGGAAGGCUUUGCAGACUAU